AUGGGCACAUACAACUUCGGACGGGUAAUCGACUCAUACAUCGCAACUGUCUUCCCGCCUAGACACCCUGUCGUGCCUGCUGCUGUUGCAUCUGCGACUGAUCAGCGCCAAAGCCAGGAUGAGGCAGCUAAAGUGCCCCGCCGGCAAUUGGUGCUCCAGUGCCUGCAGGCAGUGGUCAUCAUUGCUGGGCUCGUAGCACUGUGCAUGUAUUCACUGCACUCCCGGUCGUCUUACUAUUCGAAGAUUUCGUUGAGAUCUGCUCUAAAGGACCCUAUAGCACCCAACGAGUCGGGAUUCUCGAAGUUGUUGGAAGGUCUUGCAUCAUUGAACAGCGGCGUUGCCAAGGGCCAGGACGGGGAUGCAGCAGCGAUUCGCCGCGUAUUGGAUAUCGAUUUGGGAGCAGGCACUGGCAUUCUGCGCUACUCGGAGAUACGUAGCAGGCGUGACGUAGCGUUGUGGCUGCAGUUUGGGUUAAUCCCUUCUUUAAUCACCGGUCUCAACUCGUACAACAAGCUUGUUGGGGACAUCAUACGUCUUACCUUCUUACGAACGGAUUACAGCGAUAUCGAGUAUGGUGCAGCCGGAAAUCAGGCGCCGCCUGCUGAGCCGCCCGUUUCACCUCAAACUUCGGGGGUGUUGCGGAUGGGUAUGGCGGGGUACGAAGACGACGAUGAUACGUCAGAUGACAGUGAGGGCACUGGCAGUGCUGGCGACACCGAUGCUGUUGAAGACGAAGAAGAGGAAGAUGUUGUGAAGAUGGAUCCACCCCCAAAUGUGCCCCCGAGUGACCCACCAGAUGCAGGCGUACAGAUCCCUGAAAAAGGGGACGGGGGCGAACCUGACAGCAUCGAAGAAAACGAACAAUCAACCCCCAAGUUUGUGUUGAAACUGCCAUAUGCAUCUGAAGGCACGUAUCAUACGUAUUCUAAGAGCGGAGGCAACUUUUUGUACAUCCCAGGGUCGAACCUGUAUGCCGCGAUGACAGCGCUAAACAUGGGCUACCAGUAUGGCACAAAAUCGCCGCAUUUCCCGUUAUGGGCGAUCAUAUCGGAUCCAACUACAACUUCAGUUACAUUGGAGGCGUUUACGAGCAACGCCCAUGAUUACACCGUUAGUUACGCUAACGUAUCUUUCACCUUCCUGACCCUUCCGGAUGGCAGUGCAAACUUGUCGAAGGUGGCCAAGGCAUCGUCGAUUUCGAGUCCGCGUGACGGCCUAACACACAGCAUACAGCAGGGAAUAUUCGGCCUCGUCGUGAUUUUGGCAGUGAUAUACGUCGUGCACAGCGUCGCUAUCCACCGACGCUACCAGGUCUACACGUCGAAGGUAUUGUUCGGUAUCGAUGUGUUGUCAAAGGUCUCCUUGGUCGCAUGCAUCAUCGCUUACGCUGUGAGAUUGUACUGGUUCAGCGGUUCUGCUCCGUACAUCCGAUCCGUCAUGGGUGCUGGAGGAGACUACGAGAACGUUGUUACUCAGGGCCGAGAUGGGCUGGUGAUCGACGCCACCGUUUUACGUGCGGGUUUCAACACUCUUCGAACGCACGUACUCGGCGGAUAUAUGAGCAUGGGAGUGUUACAAGUAGCGUCAUUUUGCACGAUAUGCCUCUUGAUCGUUUUGUGUUUCGCCAUGCUGUGCAGCGGAGGCAGGGUUGGAACGAUGAUGUGUCUCUUCGUGAUCCAUUCCACUUGCCAUUUAGGGUUGGGGAUAGUGUGUGUGUUGUCUGCGUUGGCUUUGAUGGCUCUGGUAAACAUGUGUAUCCUGGACCACACGGCUGCUGGCGACGGGAGUUUCGUCCACCACUUCAUAACUUUGGCGUACAUCCUGGCCGGGGCAAAUGGCAGUCGGGUGGACGCCUACUAUCGCAACCAUGGGGCUCUCCAUAUGGUAUCAAUUAUAGUCUUGCUGGCUGUGUUUUCGUAUUGUGGCAUGAUCAGCAUACUGCCCAUAAUGCUAACCCUGGACGCCGACAGCGAGAUCAGAAGCUUCGAAUCCAAGAAACCUAAUGGGCCAUACGACGAGUCGCGUUAUUUUCGUACAAAGUAUGCUCUUGGCAGGCUGUUUCGCAGAUUCUCAACACGCAGCAGUGCCAUGUUUCUACGCCACCUCGCCUUUUCCAGAAAUGGUAAUUCUGCAGGGCCCGGAACCGCAGGGCAGCCGUCAUCAACUGGGUUAAACGGCAUGCAGCCGAGGUCGGACCAGGCUGGUGGUAAUGGGAUGAAUCACCCGAAUAUCGCAGCGACAUCGUCUGAGGGUGCUACCGGCGGUUACGUCGAUGCCAAUUCCACUCAAAUACAAAUAUCGCAGAAUGACGCACCCGAUCACCAUGCUACGACAGUACCGCAUGAUGUGGAGGGGCAGCCAGUGGCUGCCGAUACCCCGCAGAGAAUUGCUAGUAGGCGUCAACGUUUCAGGAUUUGGCUGUAUAAGUUCAGAAGCGACCAUCGGAAUUUCCGCAUGCUGUUUUACUGGAUUGUUGUAGUUGCCGUGAUGGCUUUCGCAAUCAGGGAUCGGCAAUACCGCAGCGUCCGCCGACUCUUGCAGCAGACGUUGAACGACCACCUCACCACCGAUGUUGCCCAGCUGCCUUGCGCAAUUCACACAUUCGUUCUGCAGCCUCCAGCUGAUGCAGAACCACCGGAUGAAAAAUUAACCAAAGGGCCAAAAGACCCGAGUGUAGAUGUACCUGAAGAUCUUCGACAUUCAUCAUUUUUUGGUGUAGAAGAUAUGUCUAGCGCCGGGAAUUCAUCAAUCGCCAAUGGUGAGGAUACCGAUAAUUCACAUCUGGCACCACCAGGUAUGAACAGAGAUCCACCAAUACAUGCAUUACAACUAAGUGGAUUGGUUCCAAGUCAGGAUGAUGGCGGACUAAACGAUGGGCAGGAUGCUGCUGCUGUUCAAAGAAACAAGGAUAACAGUUCCGCUUCGCAGGCAUCUGAUACACCUGACUCUAAAGGCGCUCAACUGCCCUCCAAACAGAACGCGGGUGAGCCUGAUGGUGUCAAGAAGGCACUGGUUCGAGUAUCACAGCUUCCACGACGCAUCUCAACACGGAAAGAUGUGUUCCAGUGGCUCACGGCCGGCGGAUUGGGCUCUCUGUUUAAGUUUCUUGCAUUCAACAACGAUAUGCUCAAUACACUGGGUGAAGUCAAAGAGUUCCUGACGAUCAAGAACAGGUUUUUCGCUGUCCCUUCGCAGGGCGCAAUUCUUGUGGAGUUGAAACUGCGAGCUGCUGCUGGGUUCAAGUGCCCAAUGUUCAGCACAAUGGAACAUGACGCUGGUUCCGCAACUGUGCGCAGCCUUCUACACUCGACUAGCACAUCCAUCGGCGCGCGUGAAUUGUUUGGAAAUUAUUGGACGGACUUCCCAGAUGUGGUUGAGCGGGUGCAGUUGGAGCUGUUUCUGGUCGACUCCUACGCACAGUCCAAGCUCUACAGAGCAACAAUAUGGUUCGACAUGCGCACAUCUGGCACCGUUGUACCCAAGGUAAAGGUGCGCAGCAUCCUGGGGGUCCAUUUGUCUUCCAGCUACAACAACUGGGUGUUCGCUUCUGUAUCGAUUUCGUCCCUGGUUUUGUUUAUAGCGUUUGCGUGGUGGUUCGUGAUUGACUGCCGGAAAUUCUUCAGGGGUUACGACAAACGCUAUGGUGUGACGAACGGAAACCUGUUGUUUUGGCGCAAACUGUUCGUGUUCUUCGUAAACGACCGUCUGCGUUUUGUGGACCUGUUCGUGAUCAUCUUAAUAGGCGUGAUCUGCGGGCUAUAUGUAUCCAUCCACUUCAAUUCUAACGUGAUAUAUGAAAACAUACAGGGAUUAUCGACCACCAAGGUCAGGCUGAUUGUAAACGCGGCCAUGCAUGAUGUGCGCAUAGCCCACCGGUCGUUGUGGGUGCUGCUUGGGAUAAUCGUAUUUUUGGUACUCGUAGCGCAGGUCCAAAUUAUCCGAAACCUAUUUGUGGUCCUUUUUGUCUGCUUAGAAUGCGCAUUGAUACUGUACAUAACGGUUGCAGCCGCUAUGUUGCUGCUGCUUCUGACGUUCAUAUACGUCAUCAUGACCUUCGCGAACGACUACUUUCACGAUCUAUCGAAGGACGAAGGCAUUAUUCUAGGUAGCAUCCGCUUGUUAUUGGGCAAGUCGCAGCUGCCAUCGCAUGUAUUGGAGAGCAGCUAUUUCGUAAUGGUAAUGUACCCGGGUUGUCUUGUAAUGAAGUUGUGGAUUAUAAACAUGAUUUUCGUCUACCUGUGGGCCAUAUGGCCCAAGGAUGAGCUUGACGAAGACGCCAAGGACCUGGCGCAUACGGAGGAGAUGUUCCGAUGCGACUCCGUGGAAGGCUACCAGGUGUCGGCGAACUCGACAAAUCUCACCACCGUAGCUGACGACCAGCUGGAGAUGAUCCCGGACGACGUGAAGCAGUUUUGCGCAGAGGAGGUGCGCCGCUUCAACGCAAUGUUCAAGGAAUUCGACGAGAAGUUAGUGGCAGCGGGUGCCAGGAAGUUCGAGUACGUACAGGAAUUGCACGAUCGCCUGGGGCAUGAGAUGCAUGAAAUGCUGAAGUCAUGCGAGGCGCUGCAGAUGCAACUCGAAGUUGCGCGCAAGCGCUGCGAGAUCAUGGAGAGCCACGACGACCGCAACCUCGAAGCGAACAUUUCGCUUCUGGAGAUCGCCCUGUCAGACAAGCAGGAUGAGCUGGCAAGCGUCUUUGCCAACUACAAGUCGCUGAUGGAACAGUAUGAGGAAGACCUUCACGAUCCACAACUCAAGGACGCCGUCUGA